AUGGCUACUCCAUAUGAUCUUAUAAGUCUUGACAUUUUAGAAGUUGACCCUCAGAAUGUUUUAGUGAUUUUAUCUCUAUAUAAUGAUGAUGAUCAUAUGGAAUUAAAAUUAAAAUUAACUUAUAGGCAGAUGGUUAGAUCUGCAAGAUUACAUCAGUGUAUUUCUAUUUUAACUUAUGCAUACUAUUUAGAAAUGUUAAUUGAUUCACAUAAAAUUCUUAAAGAUAUUAUUAGAAAAACAGUUACACCUUAUUAUCGAAGAGCAGCUGAAAAUAAAAGAGAAGAAUAUUUAGUUAAUGUAUCCUUCAAAUAUUUAUGA